GUGUAGAUUCCCCAAUCAGGAAAUACAAAAUUUACCGGUGGUGGGAUUCCCGUAUCAUUCGGUCAUCGGCAAAAAUGCUCCAGUUCCCAGCGUUCAUGCGGCAGUUCCCGUCGCCGCCUCUCAUCUCCUCAUCUACACUGCUUCCGUUGCUCGCAUCCUCUCACAAUGAUGAGCUGCUCCUCGCCAUGGAGGAAUCUGAGCUCGAAGAUCGGUGGAAUGAAAUUAGAAAGGCAAACAGCAAUCUGCCUGUAAUUGGGAAGGCAGGUCAUGACUACAAGGAAGAUAUAGAUGCUGAUGCUGAAGAUGAUGAGGCAGAUAAUCUUGAAGAAUCUGAUGGUGAUGAAUUUGAGCAAGAAACAGGAGAUGGUGGUAGUAUGCGGAUUUGAAGUGAUCCCCGGCGGCGACAAUGACGGUGGUGGCUAUGGCGAAGGCAAUGGGCUGGAGAUUGAGGUAGUUGAGACGAAAUUAAUACGGUUUCGAAGCGCAAGAGGACAUGAUUUUUUUAGAGCUUUUGUAGAGGAUUUAGCAAAGUUUUAAAUAAAAAUAUACAUAAACAGAGCGAGGCAUGCCUCAUGCCAGCGAGGCGAGGCGCGCCUUAAGGCGGGCCUCAGCCAAGAUGAGGCCUAAGCCUCAUAAAAAAAGCUCGAGGCAUAAGCCUUGAGGCGCUUUUCAUUGAAAUUGCACUCAGGUGGGCCUCAAGACGAGCCUCAUAUUGCGCAAUUUUAAACAAUGGUUGAGAGUUAUAGUGAUUUUCAAGAUAGUAAGAGAAAUAUGUGAGAUCACAUCUUUCUAUUAUUAUUUUUAUUAUUUUA